UCUGGUUAUACUUUUCUGUAAAUAGAGCCCCAGGGGACCAAAAGGACCCAGAGGUGAGAGGGGUCCUAAAGGACCAGAUGGAAACCCCGGCAGACCUGGACUUCCUGGGCCUCCCGGCCCCCCUGGCCCCCCUGGUCUUGGUGGAAACUUUGCUGCUCAAUAUGAUGGCGCUAAAGGACCUGACCCUGGCCCUGGACCUAUGGGUUUGAUGGGACCUAGAGGCCCAUCUGGACCUCCCGGUGCCCCUGGACCUCAAGGAUUCCAAGGACAUGCUGGUGAGCCUGGAGAGCCCGGACAAGCUGGAGCUGUUGGUGCUCGUGGACCUCCUGGACCUCCUGGCAAAAAUGGUGAAGAUGGUAACAAUGGCAGACCUGGAAAACCUGGAGACAGAGGAGUCCCUGGAAUACAGGGUGCCCGUGGUUUCCCCGGAACUCCUGGACUUCCUGGCAUGAAGGGACACAGAGGUUACACCGGUCUUGAUGGACGCAAAGGAGAGCCUGGUGCCGCUGGUCUUAAGGGUGAGAAUGGUGCUGCUGGAUCAAAUGGAACCCCUGGACAGAGAGGUGGUCGUGGUCUUCCUGGUGAGAGAGGUCGUGUUGGUCCUUCUGGCCCAGCUGGUGCUCGCGGAGCUGAUGGCAACACUGGUCCUGCUGGCCCUGCUGGUCCUUUGGGAGCAGCUGGUCCUCCUGGUUUCCCUGGUGCCCCUGGACCUAAGGGAGAAAUUGGACCCGCUGGUGCCACUGGCCCAUCUGGACCUCAGGGACAAAGAGGAGAGCCAGGCCCGAAUGGUGCUGUUGGCCCAGUUGGACCCCCUGGUAACCCUGGUGCUAAUGGUAUCAACGGUGCUAAGGGAGCAGCUGGCCUCCCUGGAGUUGCUGGUGCCCCUGGUUUCCCUGGCCCUAGAGGAGGCCCUGGCCCCCAAGGACCUUCUGGAGCCUCUGGUCCUAGAGGUCUUGCUGGUGACCCUGGACCCGUUGGAGUGAAAGGAGAUGCUGGUGUCAAGGGUGAGCCUGGUAGUGUUGGUCCUCAGGGACUCCCUGGUCCUUCUGGUGAAGAGGGCAAGAGAGGCUCAACUGGUGAGCAGGGAGCUACUGGACCCGCUGGACUGCGUGGACCUAGAGGAGCUGCUGGUACUCGUGGUCUGCCUGGUCUGGCUGGCAGAUCGGGCCCAAUGGGCAUGCCUGGUGCCCGUGGUGCUACUGGUGCCCCUGGAGCCCGUGGACCUCCUGGAGAUGCCGGUCGUGCUGGUGAGCCUGGUCUUGUUGGAGCUAGAGGUCUCCCUGGUAGCCCUGGCAGUUCUGGACCCCCUGGAAAGGAAGGGCCUGCUGGUGCCUCUGGUCAAGAUGGCCGCACCGGCCCCCCUGGCCCAACUGGACCCAGAGGCCAGCCCGGUAAUAUUGGAUUCCCCGGUCCUAAGGGACCCUCUGGCGAGUCUGGCAAGCCUGGUGAGAAGGGACCUGCUGGCCCCACUGGACUGAGAGGUCUUCCUGGUCCUGAUGGUAACAACGGCCCUGCUGGUCCUGUCGGACUUGCUGGUGCCCCAGGUGAGAAGGGAGAGCAGGGACCCUCUGGUGCUCCUGGUUUCCAGGGUCUUCCUGGCCCCGCUGGACCUGUUGGUGAGGCCGGCAAGCCCGGAGAUAGAGGUAUCCCUGGAGAUCAAGGUGUAUCUGGACCUGCUGGUGUGAAGGGUGAGCGUGGUAACCCUGGACCCGCUGGUGCUGCUGGCGCUCAGGGACCCAUUGGUGCUCGUGGACCUGCUGGUACUCCUGGCCCUGAUGGAAACAAGGGAGAGCCUGGUGCAGUUGGAGCUGCUGGUGCCCCUGGACACCAGGGAGCUGCUGGUAUGCCCGGUGAGCGUGGUGCCGCUGGAACUCCUGGACCUAAAGGAGAGAAGGGUGAGCAAGGAUACAGAGGACUGGAGGGCAAUGUUGGAAGAGAUGGUGCCCGUGGUGCUCCUGGACCCAGUGGACCCCCUGGACCCGCUGGUGCUAAUGGUGACAAGGGUGAAACUGGCUCUUUCGGCCCUGCCGGACCUUCUGGUGCUCGUGGUGCUCCUGGUGAACGUGGUGAGUCUGGCCCUGCUGGACCUUCUGGAUUUGCUGGACCCCCUGGUUCUGAUGGCCAGACUGGACCAAGAGGCGAGAAAGGACCUGCUGGUGGAAAGGGUGAUGUUGGACCCCCCGGCCCUGCUGGUCCUGCUGGCAAUACUGGACCCCUCGGUCCUGCUGGUCCUGUUGGCCCACCUGGUGCCCGUGGUGACUCCGGUCCCCCUGGUCUGACUGGUUUCCCUGGUGCUGCUGGCAGAGUUGGACCACCUGGCCCUGCUGGUAUUGUUGGACCUGCUGGUCCCACUGGUGCUCCUGGAAAGGAUGGCCCACGUGGUGCUCGUGGUGAUGUUGGCCCUGCUGGUCCCCCAGGAGAGAAUGGACUGAUUGGACCACCUGGUCUGUCUGGCGAGAAGGGAUCUCCUGGAGAGGCUGGCACACCUGGAGCACCUGGACCUGCUGGGCCUCAGGGUCAGCUGGGAUCUCAGGGAUUCAAUGGUCUUCCUGGCUCCAGAGGCGACCGUGGUCUUCCUGGUGGCCCCGGUUCUGUUGGUGAGUCUGGAAGAGUUGGCCCUGCUGGUGCCCCUGGUCCCCGUGGUCCCCUUGGCAACAUUGGCAUGCCCGGUAUGACUGGUCCUCAGGGUGAGGCUGGACGUGAGGGAAGCCCUGGUAAUGAUGGACCUCCUGGCCGUCCUGGUGCUGCUGGCCUUAAGGGAGACCGUGGUGAGCCUGGUUCCUCUGGACCCUCUGGAUCUGUCGGUGCUCCUGGACCCAAUGGACCAUCAGGCGCUGCUGGCAGACCCGGAAACCGUGGUGAAUCUGGACCUUCUGGAUCUGCUGGCCCUGCUGGACCUGCUGGAGCAAGAGGUGCACCUGGCCCCUCUGGACCUCGUGGUGAGAAAGGUGUUGCUGGAGACAAAGGAGAAAGGGGCAUGAAGGGACUUCGUGGACAUCCUGGUCUGCAGGGAAUGCCUGGACCCAACGGUCCUUCUGGUGACAGCGGCCCUGCUGGUGUGGCUGGUCCUGCUGGUCCAAGAGGCCCAGCUGGUCCUAAUGGCCCCCCUGGUAAGGACGGUUCAAAUGGCAUGCCUGGUGCUAUUGGACCCCCUGGACACCGUGGUCCUCCUGGACAUGUUGGACCUGCUGGUCCUCCUGGAACUCCUGGUCUUCCCGGACCCCCUGGUGCAGCUGGUGGUGGAUAUGACACAUCUGGAGGAUAUGAUGAGUACAGAGCUGACCAGGCCUCUCUCAGGGCUAAGGAUUAUGAGGUGGAUGCCACCAUCAAGUCCUUGAACACUCAGAUUGAGAAUCUGCUUUCCCCUGAGGGCUCAAAGAAGAACCCUGCCCGUACUUGCCGUGACAUCAGGCUCAGCCACCCUGAAUGGAGCAGCGGUUUCUACUGGAUCGACCCCAACCAGGGCUGCACCAUGGAUGCCAUCAAGGCCUACUGCGACUUCUCUACUGGCCAGACCUGCAUCCACCCCCACCCAGAGAGCAUUGCACGCAAAAACUGGUACAGAAGCUCCCAGGAGAAGAAACACAUUUGGUUCGGCGAGACCAUCAAUGGUGGUACUGAGUUCGGUUACAAUGAUGAGACCCUGAGCCCACAGUCCAUGGCUACUCAACUGGCCUUCAUGCGUUUGCUGGCCAAUCAGGCAGUCCAGAAUAUCACCUACCACUGCAAGAACAGCAUCGCUUACAUGGAUGCCGAGAAUGGAAACCUGAAGAAGGCUGUGUUGCUGCAGGGCUCCAAUGAUGUGGAGCUCAGGGCGGAGGGUAACAGCCGCUUCACUUUCAGCGUCCUAGAGGAUGGCUGCAGUAGACACACUGGCCAGUGGAGCAAGACAGUCAUUGAAUACAGAACAAAUAAACCAUCUCGCCUUCCCAUCCUCGACAUUGCACCUUUGGACAUUGGUGGCGCAGAUCAAGAGUUUGGUUUGGACAUUGGCCCAGUCUGUUUCAAAUAAAUAGACUCAUGAUAAAUUAAACGAGAGAAAGAAAGAAAAAAGAAAAAUCUCUGCCCUUCUGUCUGUGUUUUUUAUACUGAAUGCUGAUUUUUUUCUGCAAAUCCACUUGCUUAAGCUGGGCUCUAUCGGAGAGGACCAAUGGACUGAACGGAGCAUUGCGCAAUGCAAAUUAAUACAGCAGCCCAAAGAGACACGGGAUAACACCAUGUUAUGGGACAUGUCAUCAUUUUGUAAAAAUAAAAGAAGUGUAAUAAAAACAAUGAAAGUAUA